UAUAUCUAAACAUAACUUAUCGAACCACUUACUUAGCCUUAGCCAACAAGUAGAGUCUAUGCGUUGUUUACGACAUUCACUGCAAUCAAAUUACCUACAAUAUUUCCCCUUCAGGAUUCCAAAACAAUUGCUGUGGGUAUUUUCAGAAGGGUUAUUGGUCACAUUUUGUUACUUAUUAGUGUUAAGUUGCGACAAGCCGUUCAAUUGUUAAAAAAAGCUUAUAAGUUUACUUUACUACUUCGAAUAUGUAUACAUAUUCGAAGUAGGAAAGUUAUAUGUUUUUUUUUUUUAUAUAUCUCCCGUAAUCGUUUUUCAGGGGGAACACUCCUUAACAGCCAAUGGAGAACGCUAGCAUUAAUCCGAUUCAUGUUACGGUCCUCCGGGUCAUUGGACACGCAGUACUGGUAACAUGCGCCAAGAUCGACCACGACGGCACACUUUACUUGUUUGACGCUCAGGGGAAGGGGAUACCUAGAGAGGAGUUUCGAGAAUCCCUGAAACUGCUCUCGCCGGAGGAGGUCUUGGAGGGGCAGCUUGUAUGCGUUCGCGGACAACGAGGAGUCGUAGGUUGUGUGGUAACCCCUAUACCUGAACCGAGAAGUGACCGACAUCAGGAUCUCUACGAAUUGCGUGUACUGAAUCGUACGAGCGACGGACAAAUCGUUGAGGGUACUGCAACGAUGACAAGGCGCCAGGUGUACGAGUUUCCAGCAUUGUUCGUGGUGUCCCCAUUGAACCCGAUUGAAACAGUGCCUGCGUCAGGACAAACGGCCCGGUUUGUCCAUGACAUGAACGCGCUUGCCCUAAGUCAGAUGCAUCCUUUUCGCCACUUGUUCCCAAGACCGUGGCAAAACGGCCCGGACCCUGAAUGGCUAAACCAGCCUAUACGUGGAUUUCUAAUUUACAGCUAUAAAAGCUAAUUACCUAUUGCCUCAUGAAAUGCAUAUCGGGAGAAUCGGACUACUUGACUGGCAUGUACGGACAGAAGCUAUAGCUUUGCCUUUCAUGCAAAAAUAAUUUUACUCCUUACUUAUAUGAAUAGGGCGUAGUCGGAAAAAAUCAAAUAGAAUCCUAGAUAUAAUAUAGCACAUAUAAGAGUCUGACGGAAACAUUACGUUUUUAAACUGAAUCCAUCAAUGCCCAGUAGCUCAUUUUGACUAUUACUCGUCAGAUCAUGUAUGUAAAGGGAAAUCGUUUAUGACAGGGAUCAUUUAUGACAGGACUUAAGGAUGGGAAAGAAAAUGAAUACUGACAAACUUAUAUCGGGAUAAUUAGCCCGUGAGGGGAUUCAACUGCGUAAGCUAUACUCGCAAAUUCCUAGGCGCGCUCACUCGUGCAGUUUAUAAUAACCUGUUAUGGGACGAACGUUAAAUGCCGUUCACUAGAACUUACUUCGUGUCCGAUUAAUCGAACAUGUGAUAUAAAAAUAAAUAAUAAUACUAUUCGAACGGCGUAUAUUACGGGAAGCGAAUAUUCUUUUAUUUAUAAGAUCUUUUUUUUUCAAUUAAACAAGAACCUACAUCUGUGACGGUUGUUGACGACUCAGUGGGUAAGCUCGCAAA